AUGCUCCUCAAGUUCUCCCUUCUCGGCCUCUUCGCCACCUCCGUUCUCGCGGACGGUGCCGCCAUCGUGGCCGCCAUGGACGAGAUCGCCACGCAGAACACGGAGCUGGGCGAGACCGUUGCGGCCUGGGAUGGCGGCCUCUUCGGCACGCUGCCAAUCAUCAUUGACUCCACAAAGCUCCUCAUCAAGAUCAACGAGGCCACCAAGGUCGCCGAGGAGUCAGAGCCGUUGAAUGCCAUCGAGGCCAUUACGGUGGCGCAGUCAACGCAGAAGCUCGCGGUGGGAGUCAACACGACUCUCGGCAACGUCGUCGACGCGAAGCCAAAGUUCGACAGGCUUCUCCUUAGCCCCAUCAUCCUCCUCAACCUCAAGCAGGAGAAGAGCGCCACCGACAAGUUCAGUACUGCUGUUAUCGAGAAAGUGCCAGAGACUUUGCAAGCCGUGGCAAAGAACUUGGUUGCGCAGAUCGAAACGGAUUUCAACAACGCCAUCGCCACAUACAGCUGA